UUAUGCAUCUAUUUUAUGUUUAGGAAAAUUUUAAAAUUUGAGUUGAAAAAUGGCUUUAUCAAAAGUUGAUCUUGCUGGGAUAUUGGAAUGCAAAAUUUGUUUAGACACUUUUUAUAAACCGAAACAUCUUAAUUGCGGUCAUGCAUACUGUAAAGAUUGUUUAGAUGGUGUUUUGGUAUUUCAAGAUGAUGGAAGUGCUGAACUAAAAUGUCCAUUAAGAUGUUCUAAAACGACAAUAGUAGAUCAACAUGAAACAACAUCUUCUUUGGCAAAUGUGUAUACAUUAACUGACCUUUUGGAUAAGAUGUCAGUUGGUGGAAAGGUUAAAUAUUUAUGUCAGCAAAGUAAAAAAUGCAAACAGAUUAUCAGCUACUCCUGUACAACAUGCAGUGCAAAGAUCUGUGACAAAUGUCAAAACAUGCAUUCUUGUGUCAACAAAUCUGUUACCAAUAUCAGUUUUAAUGAAAAAUUGCAGCAACUCCAACCAUUAUGUAAGCAACACAACUCACUUGCAAAAUUUGUGUGUAUUGAUUGUGAAAAUCUGUUUGUAUGUGUGUAUUGCACACACAGGCAACACAAGAAUCACAGAACAAAAUCGAUUGCUGAUUUUGGUUUGGAAGCAAAACAAUGGUUCCAGUCGUUUAUCACUUCAUUCGAUGAAACAAAAAUUAUAUUGGAAAAUUUAACAAGAAAAUAUGAUGAUGCUCUAAAACAUGUACAGAAAGAAAGAGAAAUAUUCGCUCUUAAAAUAAAAGAAAGAAAAUUCAAACGAAUUGAAGAGUAUAUCAAUAUGUUAAGUAGAGAAGAAGCAGAUCUAUUAAAACUAUUCCAUGAGAAAUCAAAAGAAUUUAAAGCAAAGUUGAUUUCUGCUGGUUUUGUCGACAAUGCCAUAGUAAAAGAAUUUACAGAUUACGUACAAGGUUUUAAUUUAAAAUCUCAUUUCGAAUUGGUUGCUGAGAAAUUGGAGAUUGAACGCCAACUUCGCAAAUUAUCCUCUCAUCCAAAAACCGUGCCAACAUUUAAUUCACAACUCCAUCAAAUGAACAAAGAAGAUCAUUUUACAAAUCCAUUGGGUAAAAUGGAAAUUUCCCUUCGUGACAUCACUACUGUCGGUAUAAAUUCUAGUGAAUUUUCUGUUUAUAAUAACGUGAUUGAUGAAUGUGAAAGCCAACCCGACCAUUCGCAAUUAGUAACUGAUUUAAUGAACUUAGUUGAAAGUUUGAAAGAGUACGAGAAACCCACUCCAAAUGCAAUUCAAGCUUCUGCGAAAGAAUUAAAAAUCGAUGUUAAGCCAAGAAGUUUGCAGCUUGCUAAGAAGUGUUAUUCUUUUAAAGAGCUUGUAGAAAUCAUUAAAAAUGAUGAUGACAAGAAAUUGCAAACCAUUCUUAUUGAUAAUCCAUGGAUCGUCAAAAUGAGAGAUUAUUAUAAAAAUACGCUGUUGAUGAAUGCUUCACGUCAGAACAAACCAUCAAUAGUAAAAUGUUUAAUUGAUGCUGGUAGUGAUGUGUAUGCUGUGAGUAGAAAUAAAUGGAAUGCAUAUCACUACAGUGCACGCUUUGGUCAUUAUGAGGUUUUAAAACUUUUAAUUAAUCAUGACGUCACAAGUAUUAACAACGGAGACACUAUGAAUUACACACCAUUACAUUAUGCAUCUCAUCAUGGUCAUAUUGAAUGUCUUAAAUUGUUGUUGUCAGUACCACAUAUUGAUGUUAAUAUACGAAACAAUCGUGGUGAAACUGCUUAUGAUGUUGCUGAUAAUUACACUAUCAAACGUUUAAUAAAAGAACAUCAACAAACUUAAGAUAUUAUUUCUUAUGUUUGAAACUAUUGGCGGAGAAAUAUUGUAGAUUUGUGAAUAUGCUUUUAUACAGUUUUGGACGCACUAAUUACUCAUGACAUGUAUUAUUACUAUGAAACACCAUAAUAUUAUAUAACACUUUUGCAGAACAUUGGACGUUAACGCGUUUGUUUAUAUUCAUAAAUAUAAAUUGCCCCUGUAUUAUUUUUGACCAAGAUUUUAGAUUUGACACAUA